CCUACGUUGGACGAAUUGACGUGGCAGAGCUUGCAAUAAUCUUCAGAUUUUACCAAACAAAACACAGAUCGGACGUUUCUUAACUUUCAGACGUUGUUAUUUGUUAUCUUUAUACAUCCUAGAGACUAUAAAACAUAAGAAUAAGAAUGGGAUUGACGAUAAGUAGCAUCUUUGGGCGGUUGUUCGGGAAGCAAAAUAUGAGAAUUUUGAUGGUUGGUCUUGAUGCUGCCGGUAAAACAACCAUUCUAUAUAAAUUAAAACUUGGAGAAAUAGUCACAACCAUUCCGACCAUUGGUUUCAAUGUGGAGACGGUAGAAUACAAAAAUAUCUCAUUCACUGUGUGGGACGUCGGUGGCCAAGAUAAAAUUCGACCACUGUGGCGGCAUUAUUUCAACAAUACGCAGGGAUUGAUAUUUGUAGUUGACAGCAACGAUAGAGAGAGGUUAGAUGAAGCAAAAGAUGAAUUAGAGAAAAUGCUGCAAGAGGAUGAGUUGAGGGAAGCCACGCUACUGAUAUUUGCCAACAAACAAGAUUUACCAAAUGCAUUGACAAUUACAGAAAUCACUGAUAAGUUAAAUUUACAUCAACUACGGGGUGGACGUAAGUGGUACGUUCAAGCGGCAUGUGCCACACAAGGUACUGGAUUAUACGAAGGACUAGAUUGGUUAUCAAAUGAACUAUCAAAGUAAUUUUGUUGACAUACAUCUUCAAGUGUGGAUUGUCGUGGAUUCCAGUGGAUUUUGACGCAACAUGACCAGGGUGCUGCUGUGGCUUUAUCUAGCCAUAUCUAUAGGACAGAAAUCUCUUAAAUGGGUGGACUUAAGGGGAUGUCUUCCAUUCCAAACCAUCCAGAACUUGAGGCUAAAACUUAUUUGUGCGUUGAAAUCGGUCUGACCCCUUACAUUUUUGCUCUCUUAUCUCUGAAACAACUAGAAUUAGUUUAUCAAAUAGAGAAGGCAAAAAAUUUCAUCCUGUACAUAUUUUACCUAAUAGUCCCGGAAUAAUUUUUGUUGUAAAUUUGAGCUACUUCUGUACUCGAAUAUAGUUGAAGUUAUGUAUCGUUUGGAGAGAUGAUAAGAUUGUAAGGUUUGUGAAAACUCAAUCCUGAAUUUACGAUCUUUGUCAGAAGUUGCACAAUAUGGUACUUGUAAAGUUUCACAUCUUAUACUCUGGGAUGCGCGUAAGCCUCCGUUUGAUAUCUUAUUUAUAAUUUAUGGUGGUAGAAUUUUGAUUGUGAGUGACCAAGAUUUUCAUGUAUGUAUCAGAAUAGAUUGAGUAUGUCCUGUGCAUCGGUCAGUUGAACCGUCUAACCCUGUAGUUAAGACUACUUUUCCAAUGUAACUGUCAAAUUGUAACCAACAAACUUGUUUUGCUGGUUUUGGUGAAUCUUGACAUCAUAUAAAUAGACACAAAAUUUGCAUUCAGAUGUUUGACUUAGUGAAAUAUUUUUAUAUGAACAUUGUGACUAAGCCAUCAUUUCCUAAAAACAGACAGCACCGCCUGGCAGGCUGCUGAUGCCCCAUUACCGUCUUCAUUUGCGUCCUAUGAAAUUUCUUGAUUAUGCCUGCAUGAAUUACCCCACAGUUUCCUUUGUUUUGCCCAGACGCUUGGUCAAUAAAGCAUUUAUUUUCAUAUUGUGUUAUUGGUAAGCUUAAAAGUGCAGGAAAUGAGACAAGGCUCUGUUGUUUAAUGUUAUGGCUAAACUACAGAGCCCUUGACACCUGAAACUUUUGUUACUUUACAGUGCACUGCCCAUAACCAAGGCCUUGGGUGUCCACCACUUGCUGGAUUGAUUAUAUCAUGUGGGUAUUGGCCUUCAGACUCAGAAAGGUCCACUUUACACUCUGUUGAACAAAAAUUCGGCCCUUGAUAUCAUAUAAACAAAGCAUAAUGCUUUGUCAUCAAUCUCCAAUUCGCGCAUAAGCAUAGCAUUUUCAUCAACUGGAGUGUAAUGUGAUUUGGAAUUAAGAUGCCACCUUUGUAUGUCUUGACAGGUUUCAGUCUAACCUGUAUUAUACCAUGAUACAUUGCAGAUAAUCUUGAUUGGCGGAUUUAACCAUCUUGUAUUGGCCAAGUACAAGUUAGACAAAAAAAUAAAUAUCUUAUUUACCGUA